AUGCUGGUGAUUGAUGCCGGCUCGGAGACACCUGUCAAGGCCAUCCUGGAUCCUGCCAAGAUUAGCUCCAUUUGCAAAUGCCUGGGUGAACAAAAAUUCCCGCAAAGCGUCCUUUUUAUCAUCCUUAAGCAAGAAUGGUAUGUGCUUCGAAGUGAUCUAUUUCAGGAUCGACUGCGCGGUUGCCCCGGGAUCCGGAAGGUGGUCAGCCUUGUCAGCCCCCGCCAGUUAGUCGGUUCUCUUCCAGCCACCGCAGAUGGCUUGGCAAAAUCCAUCGAAUUGGCCGUUUGCUAUAUUCUAGUCGAUGGUGUGGACGACGGCUCAGAUAAACAGCCGUCAGAUCACUUGCACUUGCAGCUGCGAGAGAGGCUCUCGUUGCAGUGGCUGUCACCGAUGCCGAUUCCCCUACGCAGGCUUGCCGUAGUCGGUGAGGUCCGCCCGGCUCACCUCUCUUCGCGAUUCUUCCUGGCCGCUCGAACCCUGGGAGAAUCGCGAAAUGACCCAAACCGAAAAGUCUUCAUCGAAUUGGAUCUGACUGUCGACCCUGGCCUUCCGGACCGGACUGUGACUGCUAUUCAAGACUACGCGGGCAAGCUAGAUGGAAUAACUACGGUGACUGAAUAUCUUCUUAUACCCGUCGCGCAAGCCGCCGCCCGACUCGCUCUCCCCACCUCACCAUUCACGUCGUUUAUCAAAUCCGUCAACAAGCACCAGACUGACCCCUUCAGUACUACAACCAUACUUUGCGGACCCGAAUAUACCCAUGGAUGUAUAUCAACUUCUAGUUAG